AUGCCCGAGCCCGCGCCGCAAGCGGCGCCAGCGCCGGCCGUGCCGCCCGCGCCGCCCGCGGCCCCCCCGCCAGAAGCGGGAGACGCAGCUCCGAGCCGAGAAACGGCGCAGCCGGCGGCGAAACCGGGAACAGCGCUGCCGCGGGAAAACGCGGAAGCGGCGGCGGCUGCUGAGCGGCGGGCAGAAGCGGCGGCGCCGGGAGCGCCCGCAGAGAACGGACCGGCAGCGGCGCCGGGCGCGUCCGCAGAGCGCCGGCCAGAGACGGCGGCGCCGAGCGCGCCCGGGGAGCGCGAAACAGCGGCGGAAGCGGCAACCGCGCCGAACGCGGCUGCUGUGCGGGAGACGAGCGCGGCGCCGACCGCGGCGCCGGGCGCAGCCGUAGUUCCAGAGUCGGCUGCAGCUUCAGUACCGGCUCGGUCGGAACUGGCCGAGACGGCCUCCCGUAAAGAGACUGCUGUUGUGCCCGACGUUCAGGAUGAGCUGCGAAACCUAUCCCAAAGGAUGGGGGACUUGCUCAGCCUGUUAGAGCGGCGAAUGCCCGAGCCCGCGCCGCAAGCGGCGCCAGCGCCGGCCGUGCCGCCCGCGCCGCCCGCGGCCCCCCCGCCAGAAGCGGGAGACGCAGCUCCGAGCCGAGAAACGGCGCAGCCGGCGGCGAAACCGGGAACAGCGCUGCCGCGGGAAAACGCGGAAGCGGCGGCGGCUGCUGAGCGGCGGGCAGAAGCGGCGGCGCCGGGAGCGCCCGCAGAGAACGGACCGGCAGCGGCGCCGGGCGCGUCCGCAGAGCGCCGGCCAGAGACGGCGGCGCCGAGCGCGCCCGGGGAGCGCGAAACAGCGGCGGAAGCGGCAACCGCGCCGAACGCGGCUGCUGUGCGGGAGACGAGCGCGGCGCCGACCGCGGCGCCGGGCGCAGCCGUAGUUCCAGAGUCGGCUGCAGCUUCAGUACCGGCUCGGUCGGAACUGGCCGAGACGGCCUCCCGUAAAGAGACUGCUGUUGUGCCCGACGUUCAGGAUGAGCUGCGAAACCUAUCCCAAAGGAUGGGGGACUUGCUCAGCCUGUUAGAGCGGCGAAUGCCCGAGCCCGCGCCGCAAGCGGCGCCAGCGCCGGCCGUGCCGCCCGCGCCGCCCGCGGCCCCCCCGCCAGAAGCGGGAGACGCAGCUCCGAGCCGAGAAACGGCGCAGCCGGCGGCGAAACCGGGAACAGCGCUGCCGCGGGAAAACGCGGAAGCGGCGGCGGCUGCUGAGCGGCGGGCAGAAGCGGCGGCGCCGGGAGCGCCCGCAGAGAACGGACCGGCAGCGGCGCCGGGCGCGUCCGCAGAGCGCCGGCCAGAGACGGCGGCGCCGAGCGCGCCCGGGGAGCGCGAAACAGCGGCGGAAGCGGCAACCGCGCCGAACGCGGCUGCUGUGCGGGAGACGAGCGCGGCGCCGACCGCGGCGCCGGGCGCAGCCGUAGUUCCAGAGUCGGCUGCAGCUUCAGUACCGGCUCGGUCGGAACUGGCCGAGACGGCCUCCCGUAAAGAGACUGCUGUACAAACUGCCGCGCAGCCAGCUGCAGUCUGUCUGUUCUGGCUCUGGCGAACCUAG